CACCGAGUGAACUCCAGUCCAUAAACGCGUCGAAGACCAACCACCACUUAUACCCCCACCCACUCGACGCCGUCCAGGCCACCUACAGCGCUCAAUAUGGCCAUGCACCGCCGCAUCGAGCUCCAAUCCCCCGCAGACCUCACCUACCUCCACGCGAACACCGUUUCGCUCUCGCGACAGAAACUCGACCUCCACCUCCCGCCGUCAGCCACCGGCGACGAUGAGCCGGACCCUAUGCGCGAGCGAGUGCGGGAAUUAGUCGAUGAGUUCAUAACUCGCACCUUCUCAACAGCCUCCACCUCAAUCAGCAUCAACGGCCUCGACUCCUCCUCGGAGCAGUUUCCCUUUCCCGCGGCAUUCACCGGCCCCACGGAGACAGUCGAGUACGAGCCUUACGACGCGAACCUCGCUGCGCGGGUGACGUCGCUGUACGCGCAGCUGGAGGCGCUCACUACAUCUGUCGCGAAGCUGAGACGGGAGGCGCCUGCGCGCGCGGCGGAGGACUACGCUGCGGAAUUGCGGCGCGCGAUUGAGGGGGAUGAUAGUGUUUUUGGUGAGGAUGGGGAUGUAGAGCGUGGUGUUGAUGAGAAGGGGGAGAGUGGGGAGGGGCGGGCUGUUAAUGGCGAUGGCGAAAGCAACAAUAACAACGAAGGGGAAAACUCACGCACCGACAUCGACAUGCCCGACGCAGAACCCAACACCAACUCCAACUCCACCGACCAACCCGCAGAAGACACAAAACCCACCCAGCGAAAACCCCCGUCCCAACAACAGCAACCACAACAGCGAACCCUCAACAUCCCCCUCGGCACAGACCAAGAAGCCGAACGCUGGCGCUCUGGCGAAAUGGCCGAAGUAUACGAAGACGCCCUGCGGACGCUUCUCCGACUCCAAGGCGAGGGAGAAGACACACAGACGGCGUUGUCGUCGACUGUUGGGAAGGCCGAGCGGGCUGGGAGGGCUGUGGAGGUUGUGGAGAAGCCUUGAUUUUCUUUCUCUACUUACUUCUUUCUGUUUGAUUUUCUUAUGAGCUUAUUAGGGGUUGUGCGUUUAUUGGGUUAUAUUGAUUCUUGUGUUAUGGCGUUGGGUAGGCAGGUCGGUCAGACAGGAUGGAUGGAUAUGGAUGUUAUGAUACCAAUUAUUUCAAUG